UUAACAUCGUGUGAAUUCGUGUGCGAAUUUGGUUUCCUUUUCGGUUUCGGCAAUUAAAGAAUUGUUGAAAUAAACACAUAAAUUGUGGUUGAAUUCACCGACUGUCGUAAAAUAUCGCGACAUGAAAAUAGCUUGUAGCAAAUCAAACCCGCCACUUGGUGGACUGCUUGCUGCAGAACUUUAUAGAUCAACAGUGAAAGAUGUGGAAGUGGUGUGGAGUGGAGAAUCUUCGGUAACACUUCCGAAUUCGGCGAAACCGGUGCCUUUUGGAACUAGCAACGAUUUGAUAAGAAUUAUUGAAAAUGCCUUCAACAAGUCGGCUGGGCCACUCCAGAGGCUUACUAUGAAUCAUUGGCUUUCUUUUAGUCUCAUCCUAGAAGAGGAUCUAAUAAAAUCUGUUGAAUAUUUAGACAGAAUUCUUGGUCCAUUGACAUAUUUAGUUGGAGAAUCCUUGACAGUCUCUGAUUUAGCUGUGUUCAGUGUUCUUUAUGCUUCCACCCAGUUCAAGGAAACGCUGAAAUCGAAACCAUUGAGUAAUGUUCAAAGAUGGAUGAAACUUGUGGAAGCACAAGAUCCAGUAUCUAAAGCUUUAAAAGACAUUCCUGCUGAUGUACUGGAUAAUCUAUCUAAGGCUUCAUCAAGGAGAUCACCACCAGUUGCAAAAGAAGUGGUAUCUGGUAGACUACAGGAAGGCAAGUUCAUAGACUUACCACAUGCUGAAAUGGGAAAAGUUGUUGUGCGUUUCCCACCUGAAGCUUCAGGGUACCUUCACAUUGGGCAUGCUAAAGCUGCUUUACUCAAUCAGUAUUACCAACAGGCAUUUGAAGGAAAGCUAAUUAUGAGAUUUGAUGACACCAAUCCAGCUAAGGAGAAUGCAGACUUCGAAAAAGUAAUUCUUGAAGAUGUGGAGAUGCUAGAGAUCAAGCCGGACAUGUUCACUCACACGUCCCAGUACUUUGACCUGAUGCUAGACUUCUGUGAGAAGCUCAUCAAGGAGGGGAAAGCGUUUGUGGAUGACACUCCUCCAGAACAGAUGAAGAACGAACGAGAGCAGAAGGUUGAAAGCAAGAAUAGGAACAACUCUGUGGAGAAGAACCUCCAGCUAUGGGGUGAGAUGAAGAAAGGUAGCGAAAUCGGAGUACGGAACUGCGUGCGAGCCAAGAUUGAUAUGCAGUCAACGAAUGGGUGCUUGCGCGAUCCCACCAUAUACCGCUGCAAGCCCGAGUCACAUCCACGCACUGGCACUAGCUACAAGGUCUAUCCAACUUACGACUUCGCUUGUCCGAUCGUGGACUCUAUAGAGGGCGUCACUCACGUCUUGCGAACCAUGGAGUAUCACGACCGCGACCCGCAGUUCUACUGGUUUAUAGACACGCUCGGUCUGAGGAAACCUUACAUUUGGGAGUACAGCAGGUUGAGCAUGACAAACACGGUGUUAUCAAAGAGAAAGUUGACGUGGUUUGUUGAACAAGGACUUGUUGAUGGAUGGGACGACCCCCGUAUGCCAACAGUACGCGGCGUGCUUCGUCGAGGUAUGACGGUGGAAGGACUCCGCCAGUUCAUACAAGCGCAGGGCUCCAGCCGGUCUGUAGUGUUCAUGGAGUGGGACAAAAUAUGGGCCAUCAACAAAAAGGUUAUAGAUCCCAUAGCACCUCGCUAUACCGCCCUAGAAACUAGUCCAGUGCCAGUCAACCUCAAGGGAGUGCAAUCGGAUGCAAGCCUCAAUGUUCAAUUACAUCCCAAAAAUCCGGACGUUGGCACAAAAGUAAUAUGGAUAUCAAAGAGACUACUCAUAGAUCAAUUAGAUGCGAAGUCGCUAAAAGUAGGCGAGAACGCCACGUUUAUUAAUUACGGGAAUGUUAUGAUUGAUAAUAUUCACAGAGCCCAAGAUGGUACGGUCACAAGUAUAGACGCGACGCCAAACUUAGAAAACAAGGACUUUAAGAAAACCAUAAAAUUAACCUGGCUAGCGGACACCGCCCAGUCACCCACAGUGGAAGUGUACUGUGUAUACUUCGAUCACAUUAUAUCAAAGCCUCUGCUCGGCAAGGAUGAGGACUUUAAGCAAUAUAUUGGACAUCAGACUAGAUGGGAAGUCCCCAUGCUAGGAGAGCCGGAGCUGAGUAAAGUGAAGGUGGGGGAUGUAAUAGAGCUGCAGCGAAGGGGCUUCUUCCGCGUGGACGUGGCCGCCGCGCCCCCCUCCCCGCACACGUCCCGCGCCACCCCGCUCAUACUGUUCCACGUGCCCGACGGACGCGCCAAGGAGAAGCCGAAAGCUGCCCAGCCGACGCAAGCUAAGGAAACGGUGGCACCGCCUCCGGUUGCAAGCAAUUCGGCCGGACUAAAUGACGAAAUCGUCAAACAGGGCGACUUAGUUCGUUCACUCAAGACCGCGAAGGCCGAAAAGGCCAAGGUCGACUCGGCUGUCAAACUCUUGCUGGAGCUCAAAGCCAAGUUUAAAGCAGAAACUGGUCAGGAUUGGAAACCAGGUGCAGUCUCUGUUCCCGUAUCAUCUCCUGCAUUAACGAAUGACGCUGCUACAUUGAAUACUGACAUCACCAAGCAGGGUGACUUGGUCCGUACCCUCAAGGCUGCGAAGGCUGACAAGGCCAAAGUUGACGAGGCAGUCAAAACUCUAUUGGAUUUAAAAUCUAAAUACAAGGCAGCUACAGGCCAGGAUUGGAAACCAGGUGCAGUCUCUGCUCCAGUAUCAUCUCCUGCAUUAAAGAAUGACGCUACAACACUGAACACUGACAUCACCAAGCAGGGUGACUUGGUCCGUACCCUCAAGGCUGCGAAGGCUGACAAAGCCAAAGUUGACGAGGCGGUCAAAACUCUAUUGGAUUUGAAAACUAAAUACAAAGCAGCUACUGGCCAGGAUUGGAAACCUGGCGCAGCCUCUGCUCAAGUAUCAUCUCCUGCAUCAGGGAAUGAUGCUGCAACACUGAACACUGACAUCACCAAGCAGGGUGACUUGGUCCGUACCCUCAAGGCUGCGAAGGCUGACAAGGCCAAAGUUGACGAGGCAGUCAAAACUCUAUUGGAUUUGAAAACUAAAUACAAGGCAGCUACUGGCCAGGAUUGGAAACCUGCAGCCACAGAAGCUCCAGUCGCCUCAUCAAAAUCGGACGAGCCAAAAAUGUUAGACCAAGAGAUCACCAAACAAGGAGACUUAGUCCGUUCCCUCAAAGCCAGCAAAGCUGAGAAGGCGAAAGUUGACGAGGCUGUCAAAAUUCUUCUCGAUCUCAAAGCCAAAUAUAAAGCCGCCACCGGUGCGGACUGGAAACCAGGUGCAGCGCCAGUAGCAAACGUCCAAAUGGCUGAGGAUGCUAAAGUUGUUAAACUUUUAGAGCAAAUAGCAGCGCAGGGCGACAAAGUGCGCAAAAUUAAAGCAGAGAAAGCAGAAAAGUCAGUUGUUGAUGUUGAGGUGACCAAUCUACUGAAUCUGAAAGCACAAUACAAGGCUUUGACUGGCAGUGAAUGGACACCGAAAGCAUCAUCAUCUCAGGAUUCUAAAAAGAUUCCCGAAAAGAGUGCAAGUAAAACAACAACAAAUCAGAAUGGUGAAUCAUCCACAGAAGUAAAACAGCAGGCGAAACCAAAGAAAGCAGACAAGGCUCCAAAACCUGCGAAGCCAGUUAAAGAAGAGUCGACAUCGAACGUAAAGAAGGUCACUCGAUUGGGUUUGGAAGCCAGCAAAGAGACAGAUUUGCCCGAAUGGUACUCACAAGUGAUCACCAAAUCUGAAAUGAUCGACUACUACGACAUCUCUGGCUGCUACAUCCUGCGUCCGUGGUCGUACAGCAUCUGGGACGUGAUCAGGAACUUCCUGAGCGCGCACUUCAGGAAACUGGGCGUCAAGGACGGAUACUUCCCAAUAUUUGUGUCAAAGGCGGCACUAGAACGUGAAAAGGAUCACAUAGCGGACUUCGCCCCCGAAGUGGCGUGGGUCACACACUCGGGCUCGUCCGAACUGGCCGAACACAUCGCGGUCCGGCCUACGUCCGAGACCGUCAUGUACCCGGCCUAUGCCAGGUGGAUACAGAGCCAUCGCGACCUGCCCUACAAGCUUAACCAGUGGAACAACGUUGUGAGAUGGGAGUUCAAACAGCCACAGCCAUUCCUAAGGACGCGCGAGUUCUUAUGGCAAGAGGGUCACACCGCCUUCAGGACACAAGAGGAAGCUGCUGAGGAAGUUUUACAGAUUUUAGAUCUGUACGCGCGCGUGUACGAAGAGUUGAUGGCAAUACCAGUUAUCAAGGGACGCAAAACUGAGAAGGAGAAAUUUGCUGGCGGAGACUACACCACCACAGUAGAGGCGUAUAUCCCUGCCAGUGGACGAGGGAUACAGGGUGCAACGAGUCACCAUUUAGGACAGAAUUUCUCAAAAAUGUUUGAAAUAGUCUAUGAUGAUGCUGAGACUCAAGAGAAAAAUUAUGUUUACCAGAAUUCAUGGGGCCUUACUACCAGAACUAUAGGCGUCAUGGUUUUGGUACACGGCGAUGACCGUGGACUGGUGCUGCCUCCACGCGUCGCCGACAUUCAGACCAUAGUGGUGCCGUGUGGCAUCACCGUCUCCAGUACCGCGGAGGAGCGCAAGAGCCUCAUGGACUCUUGCAAGCAGUUGGUUGAGGAGCUGAUGAAGGUCGGCAUCAGGGCUGAAGGCGACUACAGGGACAACUACUCGCCGGGAUGGAAGUUCAACCAUUGGGAACUUAAGGGUGUCCCGAUCCGCGUGGAGCUGGGCCCCAAGGACAUGGCUCGCGGCGAAGUGGUGGCGGUGCAGCGGUUCACCGGAGACAAAGCGACGCUCAAGCGCACGGAGGCGCCUGCCAACCUCCUGGCGCUGUUGGACCAGAUCCACGACGCUAUGUUGGCUAAAGCUACCAAGGAGCGCGACGCAAGGGUGUCGCUAGUGACGCAGUGGGACGACUUCGUGAGUGCGCUGGAGCAGAAGCACAUGCUUCUGGCGCCCUUCUGCGGCCUCACGCCCUGCGAGGACAGCAUCAAGAACGACAGUGCCAGGACCGACGACGACCCUACGUCAGAAGUGAAAGGGCCGGCGAUGGGGGCGAAGUCCCUCUGCAUCCCCUUCACCCCCCCGCGCCCGCUCGCUGACGACGACCGCUGCAUCCACCCAGCAUGCAACAACAAGCCUAAAUUCAUCACCCUCUUUGGACGAAGCUAUUAGAGGGAAUAUAAAAAUAUAUCUAUAUGAAUAAUAAGUUAUUAAUUUUCUAUUGAUA